GCAACCUCCCCCUCCGCGCUGGGGGAACUUUUCUACUCUCUGUGGUCGUCUCCCCCAACGCCCCCAGGGCAAGCCCCCACCCGCCGGCCCGCCCCGCCCGCGGCCGUCCUCCCUGCCCGUGCCGCGGCGCUUCGGGAAGUUUAUUCCGCCCGCCCUCCUCCCCUUCCUUCUCCUCCUCCGCCUCUUCACCCCGCCUCCCCUCCCUCCCUCGGCUCUUUCCCCGGGGUGGCUGCCGCUGCUGCUGCCGCCGCUGCCGGGCUGCUCCUCGGCCAGCCGUGCCGGCCCGCGGACUGGAAAGCGCCUGGCCCCGCGCACCGCUCCGCUCCGCUGCAGCCUCCUCUCGGGGCCGGCCGCCGGCCCUUGGCCCCGCAGAGUUCCGGGCUCCCCCGCCGGCUGCAGCGCCCCGCCCCGCGCCCGCCGGGGCCGCCCGCCCGGUGCCGCGCCGACCUGCAGCGCCCGGCUGGCUCGCACUCCGCCUCCCCCGGCUCAGCCCCCGACCGCGGCGGGACCAGAGCCCUGAGCUACUUGUGAGCACCGCGUUGCCAGCACGGGAGCUACUGGGGAACUUCUCAUUAUUCCAGGAGACUCCAGGAACGCCUCUCCCACUCCCCUCAUCUCUGGGGAACGAGUGAGCGGAGCUCUGAACAGGAGCACACAACUUGAAGGACUGCUGGAAGAUAGUAUGACCCGGAGCCAGCUCUAAGUUGUACGAUGGUAGAUGGAGUGAUGAUUCUUCCUGUGUUAAUGAUGAUUGCUUUUCCUUCCCCUAGUAUGGAAGAUGAGAAGCCCAAGGUAAACCCCAAACUUUACAUGUGUGUGUGUGAAGGCCUCUCCUGUGGGAAUGAGGACCACUGUGAAGGCCAGCAGUGCUUUUCCUCGCUGAGCAUAAAUGAUGGCUUCCACGUCUACCAGAAAGGCUGCUUCCAGGUGUACGAGCAGGGGAAGAUGACCUGUAAGACCCCACCGUCACCUGGCCAAGCCGUGGAGUGCUGCCAAGGGGACUGGUGUAACAGGAACAUCACGGCCCAGCUGCCCACUAAAGGGAAAUCCUUUCCUGGAACACAGAAUUUCCAUUUGGAGGUCGGCCUCAUUAUUCUGUCUGUAGUGUUUGCAGUAUGCCUUCUAGCUUGCCUACUGGGAGUCGCUCUCCGAAAAUUUAAAAGGCGCAACCAAGAACGCCUCAAUCCCAGAGAUGUGGAGUAUGGUACCAUCGAAGGGCUCAUCACCACCAACGUUGGAGACAGCACUUUAGCAGAUUUAUUGGAUCAUUCGUGUACAUCAGGAAGUGGCUCUGGUCUUCCUUUUCUGGUACAGAGAACGGUGGCUCGUCAGAUCACGCUGUUGGAGUGUGUCGGGAAAGGCAGGUAUGGUGAGGUGUGGAGGGGCAGCUGGCAAGGGGAGAAUGUUGCUGUGAAGAUCUUUUCUUCCCGGGAUGAGAAGUCGUGGUUCAGGGAAACAGAAUUGUACAAUACUGUGAUGCUGAGGCAUGAAAAUAUUCUGGGUUUCAUUGCUUCAGACAUGACAUCAAGACACUCCAGUACCCAGCUGUGGUUAAUCACACAUUAUCAUGAAAUGGGAUCAUUGUACGACUAUCUUCAGCUUACGACUCUGGAUACAGUCAGCUGCCUGCGAAUUGUCCUGUCCAUAGCUAGUGGUCUUGCACAUUUGCACAUAGAGAUAUUUGGGACCCAAGGGAAACCAGCCAUUGCUCAUAGAGAUUUAAAGAGCAAAAACAUCCUGGUUAAGAAGAAUGGACAAUGUUGCAUAGCAGAUUUGGGCCUGGCUGUCAUGCAUUCCCAGAGCACCAAUCAGCUUGACGUGGGGAACAACCCUCGUGUGGGCACCAAGCGCUACAUGGCCCCCGAAGUUCUAGAUGAAACCAUCCAGGUGGAUUGUUUUGAUUCGUACAAGAGAGUCGAUAUUUGGGCUUUUGGACUUGUCUUGUGGGAAGUGGCCAGGCGGAUGGUGAGCAAUGGUAUUGUGGAAGAUUACAAGCCACCAUUCUACGAUGUGGUUCCCAAUGACCCAAGUUUUGAAGAUAUGAGGAAGGUGGUCUGCGUGGAUCAACAGAGGCCAAACAUACCCAACAGAUGGUUCUCAGACCCGACAUUAACCUCUCUGGCUAAGCUGAUGAAAGAAUGCUGGUAUCAAAAUCCAUCCGCAAGACUCACAGCUCUGCGUAUCAAAAAGACUUUGACCAAAAUUGAUAAUUCCUUAGACAAAUUGAAAACUGACUGUUGACAUUAUCAUGGUGUCAAGAAGGAAGAUUUGACGUUGUUGUCAUUGUCCAGCUGGGACCUAAUGCUGGCCUGACUGGUUGUCAGAACAGAAUCCAUCUGUCUCCCUCCCCAAGUGGCUGCUUUGACAAGGCAGACAUCUUACCCAGCCAUGUGUUGGGGAGACACCAAAACCACCCUAACCUCGCUCAAUGACUGAAGUGGGCAUUUCACAACUGUUCACACUGCAGAGACUAAUGUUGGACAGACUGUUGCAAAGGUAGGGAACUGGAGGAACACAGAGAAAUCCUAAGAGAGAUCUGGGCAUUAAGACAAUGGCUUUGCAUACAUUUCACAGAUCUCCUAGACACUCCCCAUGGGAAACUCAAGGAGGUGGUGAAUUUUUAAUCAGCAAUAUUGCCUGUGCUUCUCUUCUUUAUUGCACUAGGAAUUCUUUGCAUUCCUUACUUGCACUGUUACUCUUAAUUUUAAAGACCCAACUUGCCAAAAUGUUGGCUGCGUACUCCACUGGUCUGUCUUUGGAUAAUAGGAAUUCAAUUUGGCAAAACAAAAUGUAAUGUCAGACUUUGCUGCAUUUUACACAUGUGCUGAUGUUUACAAUGAUGCUGAACAUUAGGAAUUGUUUAUACACAACUUUGCAAAUUAUUUAUUGCUUGUGCACUUAGCAGUUUUUACAAAACUGCUUUGAGCAUAUGUUAAAGCUUAUUUUUAUGUGGUCUUAUGAUUUUAUUACCGAAAUGUUUUUAACACUAUACUCUGAAAUGGACAUUUUCUUUUAUUAUCAGUUAAAUUCACAUUUUAAGUGCUUCACAUUUGUAUGUGUGUAGACUGUAACUUUUUUUCAGUUCAUAUGCAAAACGUAUUUAGCCAUUACCCAUGUGACACCACUGAAUAUAUUACUGAUUUAGAAGCAAAGAUUUCAGUAGAAUUUUAGUCCUGAACGCUGUGGGGAAAAUGCAUUUUCUUCGGAAUUAUCCAUUAUGUGCAUUUAAACUCUGCCAGAAAAAAAUAACUAUUUUGUUUUAAUCUACUUUUUGUAUUUAGUAGUUAUUUGUAUAAAUUAAAUAAAAUGUUUUCAAGUCAAAAAAUGAAUUAU